CCAUCAUCCGCCCAGGCUUCCCUCGUCACCAAUCGCCUUAUAUUUUUUAGGUCCUAGGCUUUGACCCGGAUCACAGACUCGUCCGCUCAUGUCUAGCCUGCCGUGCUUGUUGUAGCCUUUCUCUCUCUGGCAAACAAACUUUCUUUCCGAGUCCAUAAAAGAAGGCCACGCCACUGACAAUGAUGCCUUUCCUCUAACUUGCCUGUGCUUGAGCAGCAGAAGAAACAACGACCCAUUUAACUAGACCUAGACCGCCUGCCCAAGCAACGUCCUAUCGGCCGGUGUCACCUUGUUUUGAAGCAAGCUACAUGUGGCGAAGCUGAUUUUACCUAUCGAAAGAGCUGUACAACCAAACCUGUCUGAAGCUAUCUGGCAUCGCAGUCAGUCCUCCAUCCUCCACCUCCACCACCAGAAUGUCUCAACCCCAAAGCUCAAUACCCGGAUAUCGUCCGCCACCAUCUCUCAGCCGCGGCAAGAAAUUCUUCCUCGUAUCCAUCUUCCUCGUCCCACUCGCCAGCUACGCCUGGCUUAAGCGGCUCGAGGCCAAUUCGAAAGAACAAACACGAUUGCUCGAGGAGGAAGGCCGGCGGAACUGGAUCCAAGAAAAUCAGCGCCUCAACAGGAAAGAUCUCAGUGUAGCCGUCGGAAGGAGUGGCGGUGGAGUCUGAACAUACCACACGCAGCCCACUCUCCAGAACGAAGAGAGCGCCAUAUUUGCACUUAUGGCAUCCGACACAAAAAUAAGCAGUUCUACCAAUUGCAUUUCAUGGCGAACGAGAGCGGAACCGAGAAACAGUAUGCCUGACCCGACGAACGCGACACGACACUAUCACGACCACGACACGAUUUUACGAUGCUUGAGAUUGCAGGCUCCACUGACUCUCCAAAGUACUUUGAAAUAAUUCUCGCAGCACUGCAUCAUACGCAGGAAGAAUAUUGGGAUGUGCCAGCAGAAAAAGAAACUACAAGGGCUCAGAUGAUGAAAAGGCGCGACGCACAUCCACGGACAGAGCUCAGGAACUGUCCCAACAGUUAUCAGCCAGCAAGCUUCACAGACUCGAGGGGGCGCCUGUGGUAUUAAGAGCUCGUCUUCGAGCUGCUUGAACCCUACACUCUCUAGCAUCCCCAUGCCGGCCCCCAAGCCUCCAUCGUCGACACAGUCCACCACAAAGGCCGCCGCCCCCCUUGAAGGCGAACCACGCCAGGCACUUCUCAAGCAUGACGAUAUACAAGAAGCUACACACAUACUUUAACAGAGCACAGUCAUAUCCAUGACAAAGCAAGGGCACUACAUCUGGCCCGCGGAAUGGCCGAGUGGCUACACCAAAACAUCAUCAAAAAUGUUCCAGCAUACGGAGUACAUCAAUAUUGAUCUGAGCCAGAACAUUCAAGACCGGAAAAAAGAUCUAGAUCGGCAGCCCUCGAUCGCUAAAGGCAGACCAGCCCGUAGAAUCACGAAUUUAAUGGGAUGUCUCGAUCCUGUAGCACAGACCUGGCGACUUGUUAUCUCAAAUCCUGUCACCGCCUCACUAUUCCUCCCUGCCACACAGGCCGAUACCCUAUCUAUCCUCUCCUUCGGCGCAAGAUUCCCUUGUGACAAGGGCGCGUUCGGGUAUAUUUAGUACUUACUGUAUCUCUAUGGGAAGCUGCUGGGUCCGUCUCAUCACAAUAAGCCAGUCGGGCCUUACUCGACUAACCUAGCUUACCCCCAGUAUCAACCCUCAAUUGAAUUGGUGAAACGGGCCAAACGUUCACGGGCUAUGGGUAGGGCACCGGACAAGCCAAAGAAAGCCCUGGACAACGAGAAACGGAUACUGUAUGGAAGUCAUAACCGUAGUCAUAGGCCAUUUGAUGAC